CCUUUGUUUAUUUCAAAUCGCACGAUCGCACUGUCAGAAUCCGCCAUGUUGAUUUUCUCUGUUUAUAAGUUUGCGGCGCCCCGCUUCAUCUCCAGACUUUAUACGAAUUUAUUAAAUUUAUAGCGAAAUAUGUGAUAAACGGAUACCGGAAAAUGGUUAAACGAAUCGCGGCCGUCGCGUUAUGAUAAUACCGAGCUUGCGGAUCGAUUUGUGGGCUUUAAAAAGGCGAAAAACGAGUUGUUAAGUUUUGUAAUGGCUACCUCUCGCGUCCCCCCGAUGCCGUAGCAGUACACGAGACGGAAAUAAUUUGACGUUAAAUUUUUGUAUUUAAAAAUACCCACCUUUAAAUAUACAAGACUGUUUCGAACAUGAUAUGGUUAUUUUGUGCGAAAUUGUUUAGUAUAUCAUGAAUAACGAAAAUCCAAACACUAUCCAGGGAGCUCACGGCUCGGCAAAUAACGAUGCAUCUUCACAGAGACAACCUCCUACCACCAUCCCGACAGAUCUUCGUGUGAACACUUUGAACGCAGUGGCGCUUAGCAGUGUUGCCAAAUACUGGGUGUUAACCAACCUGUUGCCUGGUCCCAUACCUCAAGUGUCAGUUUACGGACUUCCGGGAGCGGGGAGGGAUAACCAAGGGAAACUUCCACAAGACAGUGUUUUGAGUCAGCAUGCAGCCGGACUGUUACAGGCCGAUCCCCAGAUUUUGUUGCAGCAACAUGCACAAAUUCCUGUCAGCAUUUCUCAGGGAGCUAUCGGUAUUCCUACCGGAGCGAUACAUCUGGAUUCUUCUCAUCCCAUUCCUCAGCAGCAGUCGCAGUCUCAGCCUGAUCACAGCCAAAUGAAUCGGGAAGUGAGAAUUCCAAAUUCACAGCCGGGCCAUUCUCAGCAGCCCAGCUUGGUCCAGGUCCAAGUAAAUCAAGACAAUAUGGUGUCUGUCAUUGACGAGAACAAUGACAAGCAUCACAAGGAGAUGCUGUCGGCUCAGCUGCAGGCCGCCCAUCUUCAACUCAACGAAUCUCAGAUGAAUUCUCAGUCGCUGACCGUGCAGCAAUUGCAACAGCUUCAAGCUCAGCAAGUCCAACAGGUAUGGAAUAGUGUGAUUCGCAUGGAACAAUCUUCAAUGGAACACAACAAUCAGCAGCAGAAUCAUGGCGAUCAGCAACAACAGCAGCAGCAGCAACAGCAACAACAACAGCAGCAGCAGCAACAACAGCAACAGCAACAAAAUAACAUGAAUGAUAACAUGGAAAUUGUUAAGGAUGAGAAAUCCAUACAGUGCAAGUUCCUCAAUAACGCACAAUUAGGGCUACAGGAAGUGAAGGGCAGUAUCAUGGACGUGAGAACGGCUGAUGGCAGUAUAGUGAAAAUUCAAACUAAUAUGCAAGAACAGGAACUGGCUAAAACCUUGGGAGUUGAGAUGGUUCAGAAUAUGUACAAAGUCAAUGUAGAUGACCUCAAUCAACUCUUAGCUUACCACGAAAUAUUUGGAAAGCUCCAAGGACAAAGCGAUGUUUCAAACAAUCCAAAUCCGAAUUUACCUGUUAGUAAUGCAGGUAGUAAUAUAAAUAUUCCUACCCAGCCCGCUCCAAAUUUACCCAUAAUAACCAAGGAUGAACACGAGCCUUCCACCAGUACUAUGCAACCACCAAACGAAAACAAUACUACGUCAGUCAUAACGGGCAAUCAUCAAUGCGAUUUGUGCCUAAAGACGUUCCAGUUUCGGUAUCAGCUCAUAGUGCAUAGGCGGUAUCAUAGUGAGAAGAAACCAUUUACCUGCCAGGUUUGUGGAAAAGCCUUUCCAAACAGCCAGGAACUGACCAGGCACGGAAAAUGUCACCUGGGUGGAAGCAUGUUCACUUGCACUUUGUGCUUUCAUGUAUUCGCCAACGCUCCGACCUUGGAGAGGCACAUGAAAAGGCAUUCGACGGAGAAGCCGUACGCUUGCACUACUUGCGGCAAAACUUUUGCCAGAAAAGAGCAUUUGGAGAAUCACGUCAGGUGCCAUACGGGGGAAACCCCGUACCGGUGCAAUUUUUGCGGGAAGAAUUUUACCAGGAAGGAGCAUAUGGUUAAUCACGUUAGGAAACAUACUGGGGAGACACCUCACAGGUGCGAGAUCUGCAAAAAGUCCUUUACAAGGAAGGAACACUUUAUGAACCACGUCAUGUGGCACACAGGAGAAACGCCUCACUGUUGCACAGUGUGCGGCAAGAAAUAUACCAGAAAAGAGCAUUUGGCCAAUCACAUGAGAAGUCAUACAAAUGACACACCAUUUAGGUGUGAAAUUUGUGGUAAAGCUUUUACUAGAAAAGAACACUUUACCAACCAUAUCAUGUGGCACACAGGAGAAACCCCUCAUCGUUGCGAUUUCUGUUCAAAAACGUUCACGAGGAAAGAACAUUUGUUGAACCAUGUGCGUCAACAUACAGGCGAAUCUCCACACAAGUGUGUUUUUUGUAAUAAGUCCUUCACGCGCAAAGAACAUUUAACCAAUCACGUACGACAGCAUACAGGCGAGACACCAUUUAAGUGUACCUACUGUCCCAAAGCGUUUACAAGGAAAGACCAUCUGGUCAACCACAUAAGGCAGCACACGGGCGAAUCUCCACACAAGUGUACUUACUGUACAAAAUCGUUUACGCGCAAAGAACAUUUGAAUAAUCACGUGCGGCAACACACCGGGGAAUCACCACACAAGUGCCAUUUCUGCGCCAAAUCCUUCACGAGGAAGGAACACCUCACCAAUCACGUUAGAAUUCAUACAGGUGAAUCGCCUCAUCGGUGCGAAUUCUGCCAAAAAACGUUCACAAGGAAGGAGCAUCUGACCAAUCAUCUCAGGCAACACACCGGGGAAACACCGCACUGCUGUAAUGUAUGCUCUAAACCAUUUACUAGGAAGGAGCAUUUACUGAUUCACAUGCGGUCUCAUACGGGGGAAAGACCGUUCACGUGUACGGAAUGUGGAAAAUCGUUCCCUCUUAAAGGUAACCUUCUUUUCCACCUCCGCUCGCACAACAAAGGCCAGCAAGCUGAACGACCUUUCAGAUGCGACCUGUGCGAGAAAGAUUUCAUGUGCAAGGGCCACCUAGUGUCCCACCGGCGAUCCCACGGCGGAGAGAAGCCAUACAGCUGUCAGGAGUGCGGCAAAUCGUUUGUGGAAAAAGGCAACCUUCUCAGGCACAGCCGCAAACACAUAUUGGACAGGGAGAAGGCUGAAUUGGCUGAGCAGAAUAUGAAUGCACAAAAUACUGUCCAGCCGCAACAGCAACAGAACCAAAACAACGCGAACCUGCAGAUCGCUCAGGUUCCGGUCAACCCGCCCCCUCAACAGCAACAACAGCCCCCUCCUAGUAACAUAGUUCAAAGCGGGCAUCUCAUGCACACAUCCAACCACCAUUCUGUCGUAGUGCCUACCAACGGUAACGUUCUAGCGACCUACUAGAGGCAAGAUCAGUUUUGGAAUUUAUAAUAUUAGCAACUUUAGUUGGCUGCAUUGCCGAAAGUAUUUAUUAUCGUUUUUAUAUGGUAUAAGAAGCAGUUUUUCGUGUUCAACCAGUUCACUUUUUAUUUAAGUCUGUCUAAUGAGAAGAUACCUGACAAUUGUUGUCAUUUUAAUUCGGAGGUACAUUAUAUUUUGUCGUUUGUCGAAAUCUUUUUUACUUCUUUGGACAGACUUUACUUCCAUUCAUGUACAGGGUAAUCCAGCGUUUCAAUAAAAAAAAUCCUGUUGUUUCUAGUUUGAGAUUUUUAAUUCAAUUUUUUUUAGAAAUCAUGAAGACAAGGAUAACACACAUUCUAAAGCUUGGAAAUAUUUUAAAAUAAGUAUUUUUUUCAAAACUAGGUAUACCAAAAUACACUAUGUUGUGCGUGGCAUAUAUAGAGUGAGUCGAAACUUGAUUUUUUUCCAUACUAUUUGAAAUGGAACACCCUUUAGUGUAUGACAUAAAUGAACGUUUUCGAGAAAGUAUUUUAAGA